CCAGCACCUGGAGAGACCCAGUGCUGGCACCGGGCUUUUCUCUAAUUCUCCAUGGCAGCAGCACAGGGUCCUGUGACCUGUGAGCCUGACACCCGCAUCCUCGGCACCUACCUCUCCUCGGAGCCCGUCGGCCUCGUCGGCAGCAUGGGCAGCGUGGGCAGCCUGGUGGAGAAGCAGGAUCUGUCCCCCCUGGAGCUGCGGGCCCCGCUGGGGGGCUCGCGGGGGCUUCGGCAGCCCGACGGCUUGCUGCGGAAGGGGCCGAGCCAGCGGGAGCUCUUUGGCUACCUGCAUGGGGCCAAGAAGGAGACGCGGUCGGAGCGGAAGCACCAGACGUCGGGCGCCUGCUACAAGCGGGACUACGAGAGUGACCGCGAAAACCGGUCCCCAGAGCGAGGUUCUCGUGAGCAUCACCGUGGGGCCGACUUCUCCAAGAGCUCCCUGCCCGAGAGGGGCCGCUUCGACAAGUGCCGUAUCAGGCCCUCGGCUUUCAAGGCGGUGGCUGGGAAGGGGCUGGUCUCCAUGCAGGGCCUCUCCUCGUCCAAGGGGCAGAAGCUGUCCAAGAGCAAUGGGAGCCUGCACACGCUGCUGUCGCAGAGCAGCACGGCGGCCUCGCAGCACGGCCCGCUCCGCACCCACCUGCUCCACGCCAUCAGCCUGGAUGAGGCCUCCGACUCCAGCCACAACUCCAUCCAGAGCUUCCCCUCCUACGGCUCCCGCCUCAAGCCUGCCCAGAGCCAGUUCAGCGCCUCCAUGGGCCACAUCAACCACAUCGGGGGUUCCUUGGACAGGGUCUCCCGGAACCCCAGGGACCCCCUGGCCCCCGAGAAGGCACCUCUGUCCUGCAAGAGCAUGGCCACGCUGAGCCGGCUGCAAAGCCCUGGGGAGCCCCCGCCGCCCUAUGAGUUCACCUACUCGCUGGAGGACGCGGUGAAGCAGCUGGAGGACCGGCUGCAGGAGACGGGAGGAGAGCUGCGGCAGCUCAAGAGGAGCCUUAGUGAGACCGAAGACCCCUUCACGCAGGCGUUUGAGGACAAGCAGCGGCUGUGGCUGGACGAGCUGGAGGAUCUGAAGCAGAUGUACAUGGCCAGGCUGCAGCAGGUGAUGCAGCAGGCGCAGCGUGGGCAGCGGGCGCUGCAGCUGCAGCUCUACAAGGCACAGCAGGAGAAGAAGCGGCUGCAGGAGGAGCUGAGCAUGCAGCAGUGCCAGUGCGAGGAGUCCAAGCUCCGGCAGUCCCAGGGGGAGCGUGUCAGCCCCAAGCUGGAGGAGACCAAGUGGGAGGUGUGCCAGAAGGCAGCAGAGAUCUCCCUGCUGAAGCAACAGCUCCGGGACACCCAGGAGGAGAUGGCUCAGAAGCUGGGUGAGAUCUUCAGCCUGAAGACGCAGCUGCGGGAGGCCAAGGCGGAGGUCCAGGCCAGGGAUUCCCAGCUGGCACAACUGGCAGACUCCUUCCAGAGCCCCCCGGAGCCCGGUGCCUCGCUCCCUCUGGGCGAUGACCCCAUGCCGGCAUGCCAGGACUUCCCCGGCUGCGAAACUGAUGACUCCAAGUGCCGGGGCCUUCACAGCGACACGGCGGAGCCCCUGGAGCGGCAGGUGGAGUGGCUGUGGGCAGAGCUGCUGCGGGAGCGGCGCCAGGGCCAGCUGCAGGCUGUGAACUUUGAGCUGGAGAGAAAAACCUGGCAGGAGGAGAAGGAGAAGGUGCUGCGGUACCAGCGGGAGCUCCAGGCCAGCUACAUGGAGAUGUACCACCGGAGCCAGGUGCUGGAGCGGGAGCUGCGGCAGCUGCGGUCGGAGCCCAGGGAUGUCGGGACAGACUCUCCGUGGAUCGAGCGCGUGGAGUCCUCGAAGAUCUGAGCGGUGGGAUGCUGGUGGGACUGUGAAGGGGGAAGGUCUGUUGCUGCUGCAACGGGAUGAUCUCAGGGUCUGCACAAGGACUGGCCGCUCGGCGCUGCCCUGGGGAGAAGGACUGAUUGCGACAAGGGAGCUUUUCCUUCUUGCAGCGCUUCAGGCCCUUCUGGGGGGGGUCUUUAGAGACCAGGGGGUCAUCUGUGCCAGGGUGGGGGGUCUUGCAUGUGCCCCGUGCUCUUGACUCCAGGAGCGCUUGCUCUGUGAUGCCUUCUGCCAUGAGGGCAGAAGCCAAGCGCUCUGUGAGACAUUCCCUGUCCCUCCUGCUCUGCCGCCCCAUUCCCUACAAUCCAGUAACUUAAUAUCUUGCUAAGGAGAGGCUCAAGCCCUGUCCCCAGCCCCAGUGUCUUGCUGUGAGGUUCCAGCUACUGCUCGCCGUGGCUGCCCUGUCAGCAGGGUCCUGGAGCCAGCGGUGCCCUGUGCCUGAGCCAGUCUGUUUUGGUGCCACUGGGAAGGCAGAGGAGGAAAGCCUGACAAAGUGCUGGUACUGCUGGGAGCGGGGGCAGCUGCCCCAGCACCUCUGUUGGGGCUUUCCAUGUCACCAGUGCUGGGGCUGCUCUGCAAUGGAGGGUGGUUAAGGCAGCUUCCCAGCACCAAGCCCUUGGGCUGAGAGGGACAAGUGCCUUGUGCAGUGGGGGAUGUGAGCCCGGUGACUCCGGGAGGCCU